AUGUCCAGCAUCGAUAUCACAGAUCUCGCCUUUGUCCAGCUCCGCCCGCUUGCCAUCGGCGGGGGCUUGGUCCUGGCGCUUCUCUACGUGGUCUACCUGCGCGCACUGCCCAAGCCGCUGCCAGGCAUCCCUUACGACGUGAAGUCCUCGCAUCGUCUCCUAGGUGAUCUCCCUCACUUCUUUGCUCUCGAAAAAGCCUGGCGGCGCAUUAUGGAGUUCUGGGCAGACGUGGCACGCCGGCAGCAGUCGCCCAUCACGCAGUACUUUGCGGGCCCAUUCACCAAGCCAGUCGUGGUCAUUGCGGACUUCCGUGAGACCAAAGACCUGCUGAUGCGCCGGGCGAAGCUGCUGGAUCAUGGCUCGCUGAACACGGGGCUGUGGUUUGGCGCCAUCCCGCAUCACUUUGUGGGAAUGCCGUCGAGUGACCCGCGAUACGCAAAGUCGAAGAGUUUGUCGAAUGAUUUGAUGACGCCGAGCUUCCUUCACAAUGUCUCGCUCCCCGCCUCGUAUCAGAAGACCCUGAACUUCGUCCGGCUGUGGCAGCUCAAGGCCCGCAUCGCCAACGAACAGCCAUUCACUGCACUGGGCGACUUCAACUUCCUCACCGGCGAUAUCAUCUGUGCUGCUGCUCUGGGCAUCCUCGAUGAAGAAAGCGACACCGUCAAGCACUACAAUCGCCUCAAGGCCAAUAAUCUCCCCCUGGGCCUUGCUACCAAGAGAAACCAGAUCUACGACUUCCCCGAAUACAAGGCCACGGGCAUCCUCGAGGCCACGCACACCAUCGCCGACAGCAUCACAGGCGCUCGCACCGCAUCCAUGCCCAAGCUGUACUGGUUCUUCACUAACCUGCGCCCAUCCGUCAGCAAAGCCCAGCGUGAGCGCACCCGCAUCCUCCAGACAUACAUCGACCGCGCCCACGCCUCCAUCACUCAGAACGGGCCCGGCACAUCACACUCACACCGCGCAGCAGUCGACUCCAUCGUGUCUCGUGAGAUCACCGCCGCCAGGAAAGAAGGCCGCCAGCCAGCACUGUCCUCACAGGAGAUCCACGACUCCCUCUUCGGAUACGUGCUAGGCGGGCAAAGCACCACACACAGCGUGCUAUCCUUCCUAAUCCGCCGGCUAGCCGUACGCCAGGACGUCCAAACCAAGCUCCGCAAAGAGCUACACACCCUCUAUGGCCCCGCCGCAUCUGCAAAGCGAAACCCCACCAUCGACGAGUUCCUGGCCGUGCGCGCGGCUCCGUACCUAGACGCCGUGAUCGAGGAGACUAUGCGCCUGAACAGCACGGCCCCCGUGCUGAUCCGCGAGGCGAUGGAGGACCUCGAUUUCCUAGGCCAUACUAUUCCACGGGGCACGAACAUCUUCUGCACGCUGUGGGGCCCUUCGUACGAUGAACCCGCGUUCGCAGUGGACGAGAGCCGGCGUAGUAAGUCGUCGCAGGCGCACAAGGACGAGUCGCCCGCGGACUGGACGCGGAGUGGGUUCGCACCUGCCGAGUUCCACCCGGAGCGCUGGCUGCGGAAGGACAAGGACGGCGAUGGGAAGAAGAAGGUCUUCGAUAUCAAGAGUGGGCCGGCGCUGGGAUUCGGCGCAGGUACGCGUGAGUGCUGGGGCAAGCGGCUGGCGUACCACGAGCUGAAGCUGAUCAGCACGCUCCUGGUGUGGAACUUUGACUUUCUCCCGCUGCCGGCUGAUCUGGUGGACGAGGAUGUAGUGGACUUUUUCGUGGCGAAACCUAAGCGGUGCUCUGUCCGGCUGCGCGUGAGAGACGUUUCUUAUGUUGAGUGA